GCUGCUGUUGUUCGAAAAAGCAAUUUGAUGGCCUAGUUCUACUGACGAGAGUGAAUCACUGAUCAGCACAGUGAACCAGCGCCAGAAAAGAGCAAAAGCAUAAGAAUUUUUGAAAGGAUUACUGAAAGCGAUAUAAAAUGCCUUACGCAAGUCAACCACGUGUCAAAAUCUCUGAAUUAACAGGCGAAAACAUAAAGUUCUCUAUAGAGAACACAGACCUGGCAAUGGCAAAUAGUUUACGGAGAAUAUUUAUUUCAGAAGUCCCAACCAUUGCCAUUGAUUGGAUUCAAAUAGAGAACAACACCUCAGUACUUCAUGAUGAAUUCAUUGCACAUAGAAUUGGUUUGAUACCUCUGAUCAGUGAUGAUACAGUGGAAAAAAUGAAUUAUUCAAUAGAUUGCACUUGUGAUGAGUUUUGCACAGAUUGCUCAGUGGAGUUCACGCUGGAUGUGAGGUGCACAGAGGAUGCACGACAUGUGACCAGUGGGGAUUUGGUUUCCUCAGAGCCCAGAGUUGUGCCUGCCACGUCAAGAAAUAAAGAUGAUGAAAGCAGCAAAUAUGGGGAAAGCAAUGAUAUUCUUUUAGUGAAAUUGAUAAAAGGCCAGGAACUGAAGUUAAGAGCCUACGCCAAGAAAGGCUUUGCAAAGGAGCAUGCUAAAUGGAACCCUACAGCUGGAGUAGCAUUCGAAUACGACCCUGACAACUCAUUACGUCACACAACGUAUCCAAGACCCGAAGAAUGGCCAAAAAGCGAAUAUACACAACUCGAUGAAGAUCAAGCACAAGCAGCAUUUGAUCCUGAAGGAAAACCAGACAAAUUCUUCUACAACGUGGAGACAUGUGGAUCAUUGCGCUCAGAGACAAUUGUUCUGACUGGACUUAGCAUGUUGAAGAAAAAGCUAAGUGACCUGCAAACUCAGUUCAGCCAUGAAAUUGCCGCUGAUGUACUUGCCAUCUCCUAAAUACCAGCGUUAGUAAAGGGAAUUUCAUUGGGCGGCAUGGUUUUCUGGUUCGGAGAAACCUCAUUUAAGAAGCAAAAGUAGAUGCAAUAGUGUAAGGCAACCAAGUUCAAACUGGAAACACACAUGCAAGUUCUACUGAAGUUUGCAGAUUUUUAAAGGUUGUUGGCAUUUCUGUGGAACUUUGGCACUGAUUUGUGUAGCAGUGACAUAAUGCUGCAAACUAUUGAACUUCUCGAGUCUUUUUUAUAAUAAACGUUGAAGUAAUGUAUCAAAAAGUCACUUAAACUGAUGUAUUCAGGUACACUGGUUUUUCUUGUUGAUAAUAAAAUGUUUGUCCCCAAAAGCCUCUUCGUCUUUGAAAGUCGAUCUU